ACGAUGGAGACGCACCCUUUGGACGGAUGAAGCCCGAGAAUGCUGGCCAGGAGAAGACACCACCUGGACUGUGGAUAGGAACCGGUAGUCAUGGAUAGAUAGUAGACCCGCACAGGACAGGAUGCCUGGGGGUAGGAGAGGGCUGGUGGCUCCGCAGAACACCUUCCUAGAGAAUAUAAUUCGCAGAUCCAGUUCACAACAUAGCAGCUUCCUCUUGGCAAACGCACAGAUCGUCGACUUUCCCAUCGUGUACUGCAACGAGUCUUUCUGCAAGAUCUCUGGAUACAAUAGGGCAGAGGUGAUGCAGAAGUCUUGUCGAUGCACGUUCAUGUAUGGGGAGCUGACGGACAAGGAGACCAUCUCUAGGAUAGACGAGAUACUGGAGAAUCAACUGCACGACCAGUUCGAGAUACUUUUGUACAAGAAAAACAAGACGCCACUAUGGCUGCUACUGCAGAUUGCCCCGAUCAAGAACGAGCGGGACCUGGUGGUGCUGUUCCUGCUGACCUUCCGCGACAUCACCGCCCUCAAGCAACCCAUCGAAACCGAGGACACCAAAGGAGGCUUGAGCAAGUUCGCCAAGCUGGCUCGCUCAGUGACGAGGAGUCGCAGUGUGCUGGUGUCCCAGUUCUCCUCCCAUCUGCCCAACCUCAAGGACACGACCAAACAGUCUCACCUAGCGCAUAUGAUGAGCUUGAGUGCAGACGUGAUGCCGCAGUAUCGACAAGAAGCACCCAAGACACCCCCUCACAUCCUGCUGCACUAUUGCGCCUUCAAGGCCAUCUGGGACUGGGUCAUCCUCUGUCUCACCUUCUACACCGCAAUCAUGGUGCCGUACAAUGUGGCCUUCAAGAACAAGACCUCCGAGGAUGUAUCGUUGCUGGUAGUAGAUUCCAUCGUGGAUGUAAUCUUUUUCAUCGACAUCGUUCUCAACUUCCACACCACAUUUGUUGGCCCGGGCGGUGAGGUUGUUUCCGAUCCCAAAGUUAUCAGGAUGAACUACCUCAAGUCGUGGUUUGUGAUUGACCUACUCUCCUGCCUGCCGUAUGAUGUGUUCAACGCCUUCGACCACGACGAAGACGGCAUCGGCAGUCUAUUCAGUGCACUGAAGGUAGUCCGACUGUUGCGGCUUGGUCGAGUUGUCCGGAAACUGGACAGGUACCUGGAGUAUGGAGCUGCUAUGUUGAUUCUGCUGCUGUGUUUCUACAUGUUGGUGGCUCACUGGCUGGCCUGUAUAUGGUACUCAAUUGGCCGAUCUGACGCGGACAACGGCGUGCAGUACUCGUGGCUCUGGAAGCUGGCUAACGUGACACAAGCACCGUACUCGUACAUCUGGAACAACGACUCCAUCCAGCCCACUCCGGAGCUGAUCAACGGACCCUCCCGUCGCACCAUGUACGUCACAGCCCUCUACUUCACCAUGACCUGCAUGACCAGUGUCGGUUUUGGUAACGUGGCUGCGGAGACUGAUAAUGAAAAGAUCUUCACAAUCUGCAUGAUGAUCAUUGCAGCACUGUUAUACGCCACCAUCUUUGGUCAUGUGACAACAAUCAUCCAGCAGAUGACAUCUGCCACAGCCAAGUACCAUGACAUGCUCAACAACGUGCGGGAGUUCAUGAAGCUCCAUGAGGUACCCAAAGCCUUGUCCGAGCGAGUUAUGGACUACGUGGUGUCCACCUGGGCUAUGACAAAGGGGCUCGAUACUGAUAAGGUGCUCAACUACUGUCCAAAAGACAUGAAAGCGGAUAUCUGUGUUCAUCUAAACCGUAAGGUUUUCAAUGAACAUCCAGCAUUCCGUCUAGCAAGUGACGGCUGCUUGCGAGCACUUGCUAUGCACUUCACCAUGAGCCAUUCUGCACCCGGGGAUCUGCUAUACCAUACAGGCGAGAGUAUAGACUCGCUUUGCUUCAUUGUGACAGGCAGCCUUGAGGUUAUACAAGAUGAUGAAGUUGUUGCAAUAUUGGGAAAGGGUGAUGUUUUUGGUGACUCAUUCUGGAAAGACUCGGCGGUUGGUCAGUCAGCAGCCAAUGUCCGUGCUCUGACAUACUGCGACUUGCACACAAUCAAGCGAGAUAAACUUCUGGAAGUUCUUGACUUCUACCAGGCAUUUGCCAAUAGCUUUGCAAGAAAUCUGAUCCUUACCUACAACCUGAGGCAUAGGCUGAUAUUCAGAAAAGUAGCUGAUGUAAGACGAGAAAAAGAAUUAGCUGAGAGACGAAAGAAUGAGCCACAACUAGAUCAAAACCAAGAUCAUCUGGUACGUAAAAUAUUUUCAAAGUUUAGAAGAGACCGAGCUUUGCAAGCACAAGCGUCACAGUCCCAGAGUCCCGUUGGCCAGGACGUAGAGAAAGGAGAGAAGAGCGACACUGCAAGUGAUGGAGGGCUUCUAGAGAAAAGACAUUCCAUCUGCGGAGCAAAGCUGACAAGCGUGGCAGAAGCUGACAGUGGAAGCAGCUCCUCAGCCUUGGUGCCUGUACAGAAGACUGCGAGACCAACGACCAUUCGAGCCAGCAAGUGGGGACGGCUGCUUGGAUCUAGCUUAGAUUCUGGAAGUGAAACAACAGCUGUCAGUUCCCGACCUGCUUCUGGUCGGGACUCUCCUGCGAAGUCAUCGGGUUCCGGAAACGGAAACGGUUCGUCUGGAGGGUCUGGCAAUAAAGUGUUCCCGAAGUUACAAAAGGUAACGGCUGCCGGUGGCCUUGCUCCUCCUCAAGUGGUGCGACAGGACACUAUAGAAGAAAUAGUGGAGCUUGAGGACAGACAGAAUAGAUCAACGAAUCUCCGUAAGUUUGAUUCGUAUGACAGUGGUAUUAUUAGAAGUAGUAAUCAGAAACUGAAUGAAAAUUUUCAGCCCCCACCAGCUGGUACUCCUGCAGAGUACAAAGAAAUUAUUUCGAACAUUAUGGACUUCAAAGUGGACGUUAAACUUGAAGUCCAGCGACUGAAUCAAAAAAUCACUCGGAUGGAGGAGAUGUUGACUGAAGUCCUUUCACGGCUGGGAUCCACGAGUCCAUCAUCGGCGUCACAAGGUCCUGAGUCGGGUCCUGAAGGAGGUGCUAAGUCAUCCCGUCCACAAAGUUCGGGUGAAACCGGUAGUGUUAUUUUGAGGAAAAGACGAUCAAAAUCAAGGACAAAAGCAGCAGCCCCUGCUGCCCCUGUGACUAGGACUUCUGAUCCUGAACCGGAGCCUGCCCCCUCAUCACCUCCACCUCAACCACCCCCCACCUCCCAUUCUGCCCCCGGUAGAAUUGAUGAAGACACUGUUAAGAGGCCUUAUCCGAGAAGACCCAGAGAAUUUCUAUAGCAUUAGCUCUAAGUUACUUUAAAUAAUGUUAUUUAUUGCUGUUUUUAAUUUCAAUGGUAACGAAAACACCAUGUGCAUUUAAUUUUUUAAUUUACGCUUUGCAGUACAUAAAUACAGGUAAACCUAUAUGUUGUAAUAUUUGCUUAAGUUUUUCUUAUAUAAUUCUUAUUAACAUCAUUUGGAAAUGUUACUCUAAGUCACUUUAAAUGAAGAUUAUGUAAAAUGUGUAAGUGGGCAUAUUUAUCUUUAUUAAAAAUUUAUUUAUGAUGGUUUGUAAGCUGCCAACUAUCAAGAGGCUUUAAAUAAAUGGUUGGUAUGUCCUUAUAUAAGCCUAGAUAAACAGCAUGAAAACAUUAAAUAAUAUCUAACUAGCUGUUUUCGGAGUCAUUACCUAUUUCAGAUGUCAAUCUGACUUUGUUAAAAAUAAAAAAAAAUACGUCAAUUCAGCUGUAAAAUCCAAUUAGGUCUAUAAAAGAUUAAAUAUAAAGUGAAUAAAUUAGUGUUGACAAAAAAGUGAUUUGUUGUUAUUUUUUUAAGUAUUUUUCUCUAUAAACUGUAAUGCAUUGGUGGCCUUGGUUUGUUUGAGUUAUGUUAGGUCUCUGUCAAUGAAACCACUUUCUUUUAAAUUUUGAGACAGUUCCAGAACUAAUGAGUUUUAACUGUAUUAGUGGGAUAUUAUCUUAUUUGGACCCAACUUUUUAUGAAAUAAUGAUCAGAAAUUGGUUUAGGUCAUUAUUGAAUAGUAUUCAGAACACUAAUGUGACUUUCCCCAGAUAUCAAAGAUAAUAAAUUGUAAGAUAAAAAUCUAGAGUUAAACCCAGUCACUGUGGAAGGCCAAAAAGCAAUUAUAUCAUUCAGCGGUUUUAGUGUGGUUUUUUAAUGUUUUCUAGAUAUAUACUAUAUCAUGUAGUUCAUUCAUCAGAUGAUGUUAAUAACUUCUAAAAUCUUAUGUGGUCAAUUAAUGCAUGUCCCAAAUCAUACUUAAGAAAAACAAUAUAAAUUCAUAUCUGAAAAUAGUUUUAGAACGCUAUAUAUGAACAUAAAUCCAAAAACUGUUAGAUAAAUUGUUAACAAUUCAUGAUUGGUAAGGGAUUAUGCUAUCAGAGAAUCAUUAAACAAAUCCUGUACGAAUAAUACAAUGUUAAUAAAAAACCUCAUUGCUUUCCUAAUCUAGAUAUUGUAAUAAAAACUUACAAGUUUACUGUGCUGUUUUAAAGUUUAUAACUUUUGUUAUGUAUUGUACAUAAUUUUGUAUAAAGAUAACUACUAAAUGUUAUUUGAUGUUUUGUUAGAAAUACAGUACAAAGAGGGCAGGAUAAAAGGAGUUUUGAGUGUGAUAGGGGAGGAUACAAUAUGAAUUUAAAAGUUGCUUAUUAUACUAUAAUAAAAUACAACAUUUCAAUUCUUCACCAACCUUAAAAGGAAGGCCGUCCGGUUAUAACAAGGUUGUUAAAUUUAUACAUUUUGUUUUAUUAAUAUUUCAGUUAUCUUAGCUGAAAUGACCACAUGGUGUUUUUAUUGUAGCUUUUAUGCUUUUAUGUCUGAUAAAUUUAUUUUGGAAUUUGGACUUCAGCAAUUGCUUAAGACAUAGAAAAAUGAAUUAUUGAGUCAAUUUUUUACUUUAGGGUUAACUAUAGAGUGUACCAUAACUAGAAUAAAUUAUUAUAAGGGCAAUAUACCACAUACUGAAAUGGUGCAUGCAUGCUAGCCUGGAUUAGACUGUUACGUUGGAGUUAGGAGGUGGAAUGUCAUGAAAUGAAGGCCACAGCAAUGUAAAUGAUACAGUUUUUAAGCAUUAUAACUCACUUUAACUGUUGAUCAUUUUUUGUUUCAAGUACUUCUUGAUUUGCCUGUAAGGCUGGCUCAGCAGUACCGUGUCUAGUGUUGGGUGGCUUGUUUCAUUAUACUGUUGUGCCUCUAUUCACAGUGGAAAUUAAGGUUAUUUUCUGUCAUCUUCCUUUGAAAUAACUGUGAAAGAAAAGUUAUAGAAACAGGUGGUGUUUUGUGUUAAAAUUAUACAUUGAUAAAAAGUUAUCAUUAUAAUAUUCUUGUAGGUAUUCAAAAGUAGUUUGGCCACCUGUGUGUUUCCAACAUAUUUUAGCUAAGCCAGCCCUACAGGCCUAUAUUAGUAAAUUGCAAAUACUUAUAUUCAUAUGAGAUAAUUGAAAGAAAAAAGAUUUGAACUGUUAUAAAGUAAGUGGGUGGAGUUUUGGGAGUUAAACAGAUUCAAAAGUAUGAGAAUGAUCCAUGCUUCUCCAUUAUCAAUAGUUCACUGGUUCAAUGAUUUAUCUCAUAAAUGGAUGAUAUUAAAUAUAUGAAACAGGCAGUUAACCCUCUUGUUAUGUAUGAUUAAUAGAAAGAAUUUCAGUUCUUUUAUCUCAAGGAGUUAUCAAAUCCAGAAAACCAGUUAUUAAUGUAUGGAGUUGUGUUGGUUGUGCCCUCUGGCACUAUCAUUGGACUUGCAGAAGAUCAAACAACCCCAGAAAUUUUGGUAAUAAACAACUAUUUGAUACAGUCAGAUAUAUUGUUGGGUAUUAAGAGAGAAAAUUGUCUUUAUUUACCAUUCCAAAGAAAGAAAGGUUCAAAGUGGAGCCACCUUUGAUGAUUUUUUUCAAAGACUGGAAAGGAAUUUCCCUAUGGUAGCCUAUCACAAGGUUUUCAAUAUUAUUCAAUACAAGGUCAGGUAACUGUCAUACUUUAUUUUGAUACCCAUUGACUGUAACACAAAUAUGGGGAAAAAGUGUGAAAGGAUAUAAAUAGGAGGGUAAAUGAAUGUUGUCAAAAAUGUUGUACCCACAUAGAAUUAAUUAAUCUUCUUUUAAUUCAUCUAAAAACCACAAUCUGACGCGUCCUAACAACCCUCAUAGUUCUGGUGGUCACACAGGUUCCCUUAGUAAAGUUCAUGUUACUGCUUCAGAUAACCAUGGAUAUGAUUUUUCUAAGUAGCCAAGAUUUAAUAACUCUUGACAUUAAAAGAACUCCAAUCUCUGUAACAUUAUAUUUUUGAGACAGAGCUCUAAGUGUCCCGAUAUUUGCCUACCUCAGGAGCUUGCAGUAUAUAAACUUUUCAACAAGGCACCCCAUUUAACACUUGAGUAUUCAUAGAAAUAGGUAAUCUGUUUUACAGACCAUAUUGGGCUUACAUUGUUUUUCGUCAGUAUCAAACAGCUGAUACUGUCCACAUUCCAGCCUUAACAGGAAAAGCCACAGGUGGUUCUCAGAUUCCUUUCGUUUAAUAGAAAAACGUCAAGUUACUUAGUAGUUGUGGAUCAUCCAGCUCAGUGCUGGAUUUUCAAAUAUUGGCUUUCAUUUGCAUUCUUUUUGGGGAGUACCAUCAGACUCUAUUAAAUUUAAAAAUAAAAAUGUAAUUAAAUUAAUUCAUAAAUUCAAAGGAACCAUAAUCUUCACACAGGAUUUCAACGGAAGUAGGAACCACUAAUAGCAAUCGAUGUUCAUGUAACAGUAAUGAUUGUGACAAAAAAGAUUAUAUGUACUGUUGAAUUUUGUUCCCUGUUGGUUCAAGAAUCAUUCAUUGAUUUGGUAAUUUUAAUUAAGGACAGAGUAUUCAAUCUCUUAAUUGGUUUUAAAUUUUUGUCAAAAUCUUUAUAUUGUGCUCCUGAUACAGAAUAUCAAAUUAAAAUGUGACGUCUGUCAUAUGCAGUAAAAUAGAACAUAUCUAUAUGUUAUUGAAGUGUUAGGUUUACAGUAGAUCCAAAAUAACCUGAUUGUGUUAUGAACACAAAAAUGUUGUACUGGUAUUUAAAAAUCUAUAAAAAUGUUUUAUAAGUUAAAACAAUAUUUAAACAAAGUAUACACAUGUUAUUGAGACAAAAUAAAUCUCACAGAGUACAAAUUAUUUUCUUUACCACUUUUUUGGAACACUUUUUAACACUUUUUGUGGAAAAACUAUGUUGAUAACUAAAUGAUGGCUGUGAAAACAAUCAGAAUGGCAACUUUUGGAAAGUAAAAUAAAGUCAAAGAUCUCUUAACGAUAAGUCGCAGGCUUCUAAUGGGUUUAUUUUUUAAAGCUCUGUGGUUAAUAAUAAUAAGUAAAUCAGUAAUCUACCCCAAGUAUUGUUAAACACAUUGGAAAUUACUUGAUCAACCCAAAAUAGUGUCUUACCAUAUUAGGAUAUUACAGACUCAAGGUCAUGAGAGUCUAAAACUUCUUUACUAAAGGAGAAAAGAAAGCACUAACUACCCUGGGUCACAACCAACACAAGUUUUUCCCAGUAAAUAUUAUAACAGUAUUUGUUUCAUAGUUUGUAGUAUUACAAUUUGUGUUUAUUUAUUUUUUGCUGAUAAAAUAAUAUAUCUGGCAGUGUUGUUUGUUCAUAUUAUGCUGUAUGAUUCGUGUAAUUUUUUAUUUCUGUUUGUAAGGUAAAAUCAAAACACAUAUACUAAUAAAUUAGUUGCAGCCCUUGUUAUAGUAUCUGUUAUUAAUCCUAAGCCAGGGAAAUGUACAUGAAAAUAUUUAUCGUAAUUGGAAAUCAUGUUUAAUAUCAUUAUACUUACAAAACCAAAUUAGAUAAAGCUUGAUCACAGUUUUAAUAUAAAACAUGUUUUGUUAUAAGUUUAACACGUUUGUAAUUAAUUUUAGAAUUACUAAUUGUUUGCUAAGCAAAAUGUUUGUUACCUCAUAUAUUUAACUGUUAAUUUUAAUGAUAAGUUUUUGUUACCUAAAUAUGUUAUACUUCUAGUUUAACUAGUUUAUGUUCACGUGAUCUAUUUAUCUGUGAUUUAACGAUCUCAUUUCAUGUUUUUACUUUAUUGCUUUUGUAGAUUUGGCAAUAAAACUGAAGUACUUAUUUAUCUUAAGUUUCAGAGAUGCCUGGAAUAAUAGGAUUAGAAGAAUUAAAACAUGAAUGAAAUAUAAGAAAGUAACAAAAUUCAAUGUUAGUAUACAACAAAACACUAAAACAAAUAAUUUGAUUUAUUCUUUCAGACAAUAAAUUAAUAUGAGUAUUAAAAAGCAAUAUUAUUUUAAGUGAAUUAUGAAAACUUGUUCCAUAUGAGUAAUAUCAGAUUAUGACUAAGUGAUGAGAAUUUGUAAUAUAUUACACUUUGCUUGUUAAAUAAGACUGUCCUGUAACUGAUUCUUGAUGUGUCUGUCACGUAACCUAAAAUUUCUGUGAUCUUGCUGUCCACAAAAAACCAAAUUGAAUAACAAAUUUUUAGGAGUUUAGUUUAAUGAGUUCUAAAUGAUUUUAGUUUGGCCUCAACAGUCAAUUUUAGAUUGUGUCCUUUCAGCCAGUUUCUGAAUAUGAUAGGUAUGUUUUGAAAUUCUCUCUCUUGCCUGUAUUUUCUUCUUUCUUUUGAGGAAUUUAAAUUUUUACACAUACUUCCAACUGUUUUUGAAACUAAAUCAAUAUAAUGAUUAAUUCUGACCACUGCUAUUUCACUCCAUUUUUUAUAUGUAAACCUCAACCUUUAGUGCAGUAUUUAUAUACUUAUUUAAAGAUGAAUUCAGAUUAAAAAUUUGAUUUUAAAUACCUGCUCUUGUUUGAAAAAUAAUGGUUAUUUUAAUAGCAUUUGUGUUAGUAUUAUAAACCUAUACUUCUUCAAUAAAAUAUUUUUUUUAAUUUGUCACAAAUAAGAGUAAUAAUUAUAACAAUGCAUAAACAUAAAAACCAUGUGUUAGAAAUUUGUAUACGGGCUGGAAUAAACAGCAGCGAUUAGUUUGAUAUAUUUAUAUUUUAUUAUUUUAUUUAGUACAUAAAGUCCAUGUAUUCUUUAUUUAGCUCAAAACUUGUUUUAUGAAACAUGAAAAUAAGAAAAGAAUUGUUAAUACACUAUGUACAAGUAAUAAAUUAUCAACAACCACGCAAUAAAUUUUUACAUUCUAAGAGUUUGCAAUAGAGUUGUGAGAUGCAGUUAUACUGAAAUUGUUUGGAAUUUCAGUUGUAGUUCUUACUCAAUAGAAAAUAAAGAUAAAAAUGUUUUUGAUUGACAUGGUUGCAAUAGAGACAAGAUUUUUUUCUUUUUAUAUAAAACCUUCAGAAAAAUGCUUCCAGGUGUAACUUAUUUAGAAACUUGCUCGAAAAGCAGACUUUGUACUGGUGUUUACUGUUUGUAAACAUGUUACAUUUGGAUUGCAUACAUUUUUAAAAGAUUACAUUUUCUGCUUCAGAUUGACGUUAAUGUAGACUAAGUAUAUUUGCCUUUAAAACAUUUUGUUUCAUGUCCAUGAGUAUAACACUAUUUCAACUCAAAUCAUUUUUUCAUUACAAAUCAAAGAGAAAGUGGUGGUGUUGUUAUCAAUUACAAAGUAAUCCACACUCCACUUAUCAUUACACGCAGCACUCACGCUAUAAACAUUUCUCUUUUAAUCACCCUCAACAACAGCAUGGACAUAGAUGCUGAGAGUGAGAAAUUAAAGCUAUAUUAGGCAAUUUGGGUUUUGGUGCCAAUAAAUUAACUUGUGCUAUGGACCGAUCCACCUAGCUUGAACUGUGGUUAGCAUGUGCACAAGCCACCCCACCCUCUCCACUUCAUAUGGGAGCACGUAGUACAGUCCAUACCAAACAUAGUGUAUUCUUCUAGUGAAGUGGGUUGUAUUAUUCUGUGACGCUUAGACUGUGGAGCAGUCUACAUAGAUUGAGCCAUAAGAGGGGUAGACUGUCACCUCCUCUAUCUAGACUUCAUGUUUCACAUUAAACACAACCAAUAUUUUCAUUGGACCAGGGAGGGUGGAUUAAGCCUGAAGGUGAAAAUUUCUGUUGUAAAAGGACAUUAAUCCUUGAAGAUAUAUUAGGGAGAAUGUAGCUAUUGUGUCAUUGUUGUAGCCAUGAACCUUAUAUCUGGUGCAGAGAGGUGGGAUGUCAUAUGGAGGUCACAUCAUCUCUCAGAGAUCACCAUCAUCCUCACCACUCUUGUUCUGAAGAGAUCUCACCAUCCUGGUAAAGUGCCUCUGCAGAGGUCUUGAGCAUAUGGGUCUGGUGUUAGAAUGUUUAUAGGAGUGAAAAUUUCUUCCAGUGCACAUAGAUGACAAAAUAAACACCCAAGGUGGUAUAUGUAAUUGUUUUUCAAGUAUUUGAGAAAAGAAAGGUAAACAAAAAUGGUUUGUGGCAAAUGUGUUCAAUAUAAAAAGUAGCCCAGAAUCAUGUCUCCAUACCAUACUUACAUUAAAAAUGUUAGUUCCAACAGAUCAGUUCCAAAAAUAUCAACUGUGUUAAAGUAGAGUAUUUACCAACUAACAAUGAUUGGUCGUGAUUCAGUUGUAACUGGACUCAGUAACUGGUGUAUAUAUAUAAAACAAUGCGUGAUAUUUGGAAAUUGUUCAGUAUAUUUGGCAAAGUAGGUCUUUUUAUCAUGCAGCAACAAAUAAUUUAGUAAUUUUGUUAGUGAUUGUGGUUUCAAUUUUACAAUUUGUUUAAGAAAAAUAAAAUUUAAAAUGAUAGUUUCAGAAAUAGUUUUUUCAAAUCAGUAUAAGACUGAUGAAAAUAAAAAAUACCAAGUUUAUGACGUAUACUUAUGAAAACUUAUAUAACUGCAAUAAUCCUGGUCCCAUUACAAUGGUUUACUUAUUUGUAAAAUAUAAUGGAAUUUGAAUUUGAGCGAUUUAUUCAAAAUCACUUUACAUCUCCUAAAUCAACUGUAAUUUUCAAACAAGAGCAGAUUUUAAUAAUUUGUGUACUAAUUAAUUCAGCAUGAAAACUUAUAAUGAAAUUCAUGUCAAAAGUUAUUAUGGAUAAUUCAUUACUGUAAAAAUUAAUUUCCUCUAAUUAUAAAAAUAAAGAAAGGAGACACAUUUAAAAGUCAUCUAGUUUAUAUAUUUUUUGUAAUCUAGAUUAUAGAUAUAGAUAAGUCAAAUCAGGAUUUUAAAAAUUUUUAGGGAUGUAUUCCCUCAGUACUAUUGCUUAUUUUGGUUGGUAUUCAUGUUAAUAUUUGAGUGGGUUGUGCUUUAACUACACAAUCACUAGUAGUUAGUUGUAAUAACGAUCAUGUAAAUUCCUAAAUUUUUGUUAUAUCUGGGAAGGUCGGGGAUAGUGAUACUUCAUAAUAUAAUUUAAUCUAAACGAUUGUGCAAACAAUGAUGGUUAUGUAGGAGCACAAACAGUUUACUGUGUAAAACAAAAUCAUGAAAAAAAAGAAUUUAAAAAUAUCAAUAACUCUAUUUUAUAAUCUUAAGAAUUGGCAAAAUGAUACUCAGCCCUAUAAAUGAUAAUUGAACACAUGAAAAUUAAUAGUUAUUUUGAACACAUAUUUUAAUGUUGGUUUUAUGUGUUGGCUACAAGAUAGGGAAAAGAUACUUCGUCCUGAGACGCUCAAGUGAAGUUGUAUCACAUUUGGGUCAGUUUGGAACUACGGGAGCAAUUCACAUAUUGUGACUUAAUUCGCUUCUAGCUUGUUCAUUAUUGUCCUGUCAAACUUGUACAAACUUAUGGUAGCUCUUGAAACUUGUAUUUAAGGAUAUCCUUGAUAGCAAUAUAGUUGUAAGUUAGAGUGAUUGAGAAGAAAGCGUGUGGAUAGGUAGUUACCAUGUGCUGUCUUAGACUGUGCUAGUUAAGUUACCAACAUUUUAGUAAUUUCUAAUGUGCAUUUUCUAUUUGAACGUUGAUUUUCUCAACGUCUUUCAUUUUCUUUUAUUGUUUUAAGUAGAAUGUUGCUAUUUCUGCCUUGACCGUAGCACAUUUUAUAAGUAUUUUCCACAUUGCACUGUACGAUUCUGUUCAUCAAGAUCAAUGUAAUCGCUAUAGUCCAUGUGAUUAUAGAUAAGUCUAAAAAGGUGAACAGCCUUGUUUCCAUGAAAGAACUUGAUUCGUAUAACCUUCCUUUUGAUAUUUCUUUAUACAGAAAUACCUAUUCUAUUAUAAACCAUUAAAGUAAAAAACCAGUAAAAAAAUCAACUUAAACAUGUUUAUCAGAUGUAAUAAAAUGAAAAUUUAUACCACGAUAUGAAAUUGUCAUUUUAAAUAGUUAAUUUUUAUAUAUUUCUCCCAAUUUUUACUUCUUUAAAUAUUAAGAGAAAAGGGUGGAAAACUUGCAUUCAUAUUUAGUUCAAAAAGAACUAAAUUGUGGUUAAAAAUAUUAUAUUAUUUAUUUUUAAAGGUAUGAUUACAAAUUUAUUUACUUAAAUGAAGAUUUGUGAAUUCUUCCAAUCAUUAAUAAAUUUUGUAACCUCUUUAAACCCAAAUAGUUCUUAAAACGCUUUUAAUAUUUUCUCAUUUGGGUUCAUAUUUAAAUUGUAUACAAAUUUUAAUCCAGAACAAAUUUUUUUGUGAUUUCAAGAGUAUUUUUCAUGAUAAAAAAAGCAUUACUGAGCAGAUUUUAUAAUAUAUUGUUGGUUCAUCCAUGGACUCAUGGAUGAUUUAAUAUGAUUUAAUAAACAGGGUACCUAAAAUGCACAUUGAUGUGAUGCUCAUAAUAUGAUUAGUUAAAUGGUUGAUAAGUGUAAAUAAAGUUAAUUCUAAUUAAGUAUUGACAGCACAUGCAAGUUUGGCGUAGAGAUUAAGCUAUUGUACACUGUGAGGUGUUGCUAUAAGAGGAUGCCACUGAUUGUUACCGGUGGUCUUGUAUGUUACGUUAUUGUUAUUAGACAUAUUGGUACUUAUUUUGUAGGAAAGAGUUUUUAUAAUAGCAGUUUCGUUUUUACUCGUUCUGUAAAUAUCUAUAAAUAUUGGAAAUUCGAAUUUCUUUGUAAGUGUUUUAUAGUCAGUAGUCUAACGAACGUUAUAAUUUUGCGGAUUCGGAUCUGAAUAAACUGUGCAUAUUAGAAAUUUUACAUUCUUAACAUCUAGAAUAUAUUAGUUAUAUGUUUAAGAAGGAUUAAAAUAAUGAUUUUACAUUUAUAUGUUUAACUAGUUGUGCUAGACAUGAGUACGUGCUUAUGUAUUGAAACUUCUUUGUUUGUUAAGAGACAGAGUACAUUGAUUUCAAAUAUUUCAUUAGUAAUAUAAUAGCUAAUGGAAAUUGUAAAGGUUAUUGUUGAAGUCUUUCUAUGGCAAGAACAAUAAGGCAGACUUACAACUAUUCUUCCAUAUAAACUUUAAUGCUAAAUGUAAAAACACCAAUUUUCUCAACAAUCAAAUAUUUACUCCUUUCUGAAUUUAAAAGGAUAUAAGUUUAACAGUAUGAUCAUUCUAAUUUUUCUAGUUAUUAAUGUAGUUACAAUUAUACACAUGAGUGUGAAUUAGUAAUAAAAUUGUAAUCAGGAAUUAAUAAAUUACAAAAUAGUUUAAAACAUAAAAAUAGUAAUCUUUCAUUUGAUGUUAGCAAUAUUUCUUUUUGAGUUCUGCAUAUCAUUUCUGUGUUUGAGUUUGUUAGAUCUUUAAUUUUACAGUGCAGUUUACAUAAUGUAAAAUGGUUUAUUUGUCAUAUCAGUUUCAAAAUUCCUUUCUGUAGUAACAAAAAACUAAAGCAUUGUUUGUAAAUUUUUCAAUUUUUAUUAUUUAAGUAAAAGUUUACAUAUUUGUGUACGAUGUACAUUAAAAGUUAGCCAGUCAUAGCUUAGUACUUAUGUGAAUAGUACUCUGAUGUUUUCUAGAUUUUUAUAUCACUUGUCAGUAUAGUAAUAAAUUCGUAUUUAGGUUUCCAUUUCGUAUUAUUAGUAAUUAGGAAUUAUAGAGAGUAAAUAUAGCUUUCAAUUACAAUGAAUACUGCAAAAUCUCUAAAAGGUCUGGAUGAAAGAUUACACCAUGUAUUUAAAGUCCGUGUUCAGUUACAUAUAAAAUGUUAUUUUCACAAAAAAUAUUUAAAAAUAAAUAUGGCAUUUUAUGUAAAACUGCUUAGGCAUCUAAAAAAUUAAAAUAUUCCAGCGAUUGUGGGUUGUUAUUUUUCUUUUGAACUUAUGUCAGCAUUUGGCAAAAGCCGUUGAACAGGCCAAUUCAUGUCCAUAGGUUGUUGGGAUUAUCCAUUUUUCGGAAUGAAAUAUUGUCUUGUGCAUGAGUGUUAACAUUCAGGUAAAACAUGCACUCACGCUUGCUCCAAGAACUAUUGGUUAAAAAUUAAUAGUCUACUGUUGCUAGUACAUUUAGAAUUUUAUCAUUUCAGCAUUUUAAUAAGGGUGUUUUUAACUAAAUGAUACACAUAUGUUUCAAAAUAAAUUUAAUAUGAUUAAAUAUAGAUGAAUUUAAAGUAAUACAUUUUUACCAGGGCUUAAAAAUAUUUGCUUCGGAGCGGCUUUACAGAGUUUCAAAGAUAAAUAAAAGUAAUAUUUAAGCUAACUUUGUGAAAAAUCAAUUUUGAGUUUAAUAAAGUUGUGUUGACCCCCUCCCUUUCAUUUUAACAAUAAAAAUUAAUUAACCGUUUGAAAAAUUUCAAACAAACAAGCUUAACCUAUAGGGCUUUCACUAGGAUGUGUUGGGUUUAAUGUCAAUAGCAUACACGUGAUAGUUAGAAAAAAAAAUAGUUUUACUGAGAAAGGACUCUGUUGGGUUAUUCAUCCGAUUGAUUUAAAAUUUACAUAUUUGAUCUGUUUGGUAUGUUUCAGCUGAUUUACAUGCUGCUGUUACACAUUUCAAUUUUUUUCAGUAAUUCUGUGUACUGUAUUGUUUGGAUUCAUGAAAUUUAAUGAUUACAAAAUCCAAAACUGAAUUAAAAUCCAGAUGAGAAGUAAUUAAUUUUUCACCUAAGAAGCAGAUAAACAGAUAUUUUAAAAAAGCCUGAUUGAAUCAGAUUAUUUUCAUAAAGUGAUUCAUCUAAGUGACAAAUGCGAAUAAACAAUAUGACUGCGAAAGAAAUACAAGCAGAUACGAAAGAAAUACAAGCAGAUACGUUCGCAAUAAACACUGAAUGCAAGUGGUUAAUGACUCCCAACACAGUCCUAACAAGAUUGUAUUAGGAUCCCUCAAUUUUAUCUCUGAUCCUUGCAGAUAAUUAAGUUUCCUUCUUGCUCUCCACUCAGUUACAUACAUAAACAUUGAAUAAUUAAUGGGAUGGUACAUUUUUCUAAUUUAUCUUAGGAUUGAUUGACUGUAUCAAAAUCAAUUACACCCUAAGAGUAUACUAUCUGUAAAUUUUUGAAUUGGACCACAUCUUCUGUUCAAUAUUGAAAUAAUGACUUCAAAAAAAUGGAUAUUGUAUUAAAAGUGCAGUAAAUGGUGUGUAAUCCAUUCAUUUCAAGGAUAACUUUUGUUAUAUCAGGCUAUAUGUUGAAAUCUCAUAAGUUGUUACCGAAGGCGUUUGUUUAAUUGGGUUGAAAAAUUCAAGAUAAAAUGCCCAUUUUUAGGGGCUUACUAACAAAAAGUCCUAACUAGUAAGACAAUCACUAACAUUCUUUCACAUGAUGUUAUUUUAUUAUUCCAAUCAAAAUGGUUAUCAAACACAAAAGGCCAUACUGACUAGAUUUGAAUUGUAUGGAUAAAAUGCUCUUACAGUACACACACACACUUUAGAGGUGUAUUAACGUAGUAGAUAUGUUUAAAUAACAAAAAAAAACUAUUGACAAACAACUUAAUUCUUCUUAGAACUCAAAAAGUAAAGUAGGUUUGGUGUUACUAACAAUCCAUACAAUUGGUGGGCUGAAACAGAAGUCUUAUAUUUGUUAUGCACGCAAGUGUGCUGUAUCAGAAAAAGUAACAUGAUUUAACAGAGCUACAGUAUAUUUUCAAAUGAGGACCUUUUAUUUCAUUGCUUUGUUAUUGUUGCUUUAUGUGACAUCAUCUCCUGACUUUUAUGAGGGAAUGCCAAGAGUCGCUCUGCUCGCUUGUUCUCUUACUUUCAGCAAAGUGUUUUAGAAUUUUAAGUUGAGUUUUGCAGUAUUCAAAACAAAGUGCGCUUUGAAUAUAUGUGGGUUCUAAGACAUAUCAGUGCGACAAUGUAGAAUGGUUUAGUCUAGCAAUUUUGUAGCAUCUUGGCUCUUUGUCUAUGUUUUCUUGCUAAACACAAUUGUUUGUCCUUUUCUGUUAAUUUUAUGAGAUACAACGAAAAUACAAUUUUGGAAUCGGUGUACCCUGUGUCGAUUUUAUAAGUCCUUUAGUAUGCUCAAACUGGUAUUUUAUUUCUAAUUACUUUCCAAAAUGUAGGGUAGGUCAGGGAGGGUAACAAAGUGCUUUCUGCUGUAUAGAUAUUUCAUCUUUAUGCACUAUUAUUCUAGUACUAUUUAAUAAUUGAGAUAAUAAAGCUACAAACUAUUUCUUCCUAAA